UGUGAUGAUGGUGGUUGAAAUAAUGUUGAUUAUGAGGCUUUUGCUUGUUGUUGGUCUCCAUGUGUUGGUAGAUGAUGGCUGAUGGCAGCCUUCACGUGCGGCUUCACGUGCCUGGGUUUAGACGCGGAACUGGACACUCGCGCUCCGCGUCUCCGAGACGGCGAACGUGAUGGCGGCCGUGUCGCGCGCUCGGAGGUUUUCUCGCUGCGUCGUCCGUUUCUCUGACCGUGAUCUGUAAAUAUAUAUUUCUAUACACAAAUAUAUAAUAUAUAUAUAUUAUAGACAGCGGUAUUGCACGGUCUUACGCGCCACAACAAGACGCCCGAACUCCGUCAGCAUGGCUGAAAGCAACCAAAAUGCAGAUGCAGGUUCCGUCGAAGAGGCGGAAGAUGAAAAUUCCGAGGACUGUAACCUCCAGAUCGAGCUCAGCGCUUUCAGGGCUCAGUGGAUGUCAGAACUGCGUCCCGGCUCUAUGAAGAAUGGACUGUCCAAAGCUGCUGAUCUGAAGAAGAAACAGGAGUUGGCUAGAGAGGAAAAAGCUCGAGAGCUCUUCCUAAAGGCUGUGGAGGAGGAACAAAAUGGAGCCGUUUAUGAAGCCAUCAAGUACUACAAGAGUGCAAUGCAGCUUGUGCCUGACAUCGAGUUUAAGAUCAACUACAGCAGAUCUCCUGAUCCAGACCGAGUGGGUGGAAGCUUCCUGGAGGAGAACGAAAACGAUGGCGAGAUCGACGACCUCUUCGCCUACCUCCAACAGCAGCUGAUGGUUGAGCAUUCCUGCCAGAAGAUAUGCCAGCCCGAGGUGGAGACAUCGCAGGUGCACAUUUCAGCGUUGCCGUUUGAGGUGCUGAUGUACAUCUUCCGCUGGGUGGUGAGCUCGGAUUUGGAUAUGCGUGCGUUAGAGCAGCUUUCCCUCGUCUGCAGGGGUUUCUACAUCUGCGCCAGGGACCCUGAGAUUUGGCGUUCGGCCUGUUUGAGGGUUUGGGGUCGAAGCUGCACCAAGUUGCUGCCGUUCACCUCGUGGAGGGACAUGUUUUUAGAGCGGCCACGUGUCCGCUUUGACGGCGUUUAUAUCAGUAAAACGUCCUACAUCCGGCAGGGAGAGGAAUCUCUGGACGGCUUCUACAGAGCGUGGCACCAGGUGGACUAUUACAGGUACAUGCGCUUCUUCCCCGACGGCUACGUCAUGAUGUUGACCACGCCCGAGGAGCCUCUCGCCACGGUUCCACGUCUACGCAGCAAGAACGCGAGGAUGGACUCCAUCAUGAUCGGUCACUACCGGCUGUCCCAGGAUACGGACAAUCAAACCAAAGUUUACGUGGUCGUAUCUAAAAGGAAAGACGAGAAGUUGCCCGAGUACCAGAGGAGUCGGUUCUGCAGGCGGUACCCGGCCCCUGAGUCUGAGCGCUCCUUCCAUGUGGGGCUGCAGCUAUCCUCUGGGGGGCGCCAGAGUUUUAACAAGCUCGUGUGGAUCCAUCACUCCUGCCACAUCACUUACAGAUCAACUGGAGAAACGGUCAUCACGGCGUUCGACCUCGACAAAAUGUACACGCCGUUGUAUUUCGCCCGCGUGAAGUGCUACACGGCGUUCUCAGAGCGCCCCCUGUAGGGCCCCAGCGGAGCCGCAUGGAGAACACGGAGAACCGUUUUUAUGCGUUUCCACCCCCCUCACCAACAAACUUUUUACCCACCCUCUUAAUCCUCCAGGCUUUGAGCAUGAGGCUAAUGAAUGUAAAAAAAAAAAAAAAAGUUUGCGUGAGAAUUUUGAAAAAAAUUUUUCUUUCUAUCAGUGUAGCAGCAUCACCUUCCAGGUUUACUGUUUGUGUGUUCCAAUUGAUCACUGGCUUAUAACUACAGAUGUUCAAUAGAUUUAAAGCAGCUGUUUUUUCCCUUAAUUUUUACUAAUGCUGAAUGUUUUCACUUCAGUUAUUUUUGGGGGGAUUUUGAUGUUUGUCUUCUGAAGACUGGAAAAAACCCAAUCAACGUUUGUUGUUGUGCUCGAUUUUUUUUUUUCUCUUGUUGAAGUAAAUGCAAACAAUUGCAACGAUUA